AUGAAGAAACAAGCGCUCCUCCCAGAAAUCCAGGCAGGAGAUGGGAGGACACUGUCCAGGUGAGUCGCAGAAACUCUAUAGAUAACAAAUAAUGUAGGCAAUAUUAACCUCAAGUGUCAGGGGAAAUUACUUUUAUUGUCUAGCAUCCCUGCUAUAUCAUGUGUUAUAGUUUUUUUAUUGCCUUUAGCUCUGUAUUCACAUUCUUGAUCAUUGCUGUUGUGUCGACUGCAGAGCCGAGUUUCUCUCCCUACUGAGAACCUACAACUGCUAUCUAAAGGACCAGACUCAGCUGCACCUCAGUUUCUCCCAGGUACCAGUUUUUUUUUCUUAUAUUGUUUACAUCAUUGUCCUUCAAAAAGCAAUAUUUAAUUCAUUUUGACUGUUGUUUGUAUGUCAGUCAUUGUGUCUUUAUUGUGAAGCCCAAGACGGCUUUAUUACACAUUGUAGAAAAAUAAGAUCUAUCCUUCCUUUCCUUUUUUCCUUCCUUACUUUUCUUCCUUAUUACAACUGGAAAUUUGAUUAUAGGUCAUAACUUUCACAUCCUGGAAAUGUUUUCAGUGAAUUUAUGACUGUAAUUACACAAUAACUGUGUCAAUGUUCUGUCUUUGUAACAGGAUGAUGAUGGAGAGGUGGUGGUGGAAGGCUUCCUGAAUAUCUCGUGGGGAGUACGGAGGCUCAUCAGGCUCAAAAUACAAGAUGAUAAACAGAUGCUUCCCUUUGUGCCUCUGCUCCCACCUGACCCUGUCAGUCCAGUCAGCCCGCUUGGAAAUAAAAGGUCAUUUUCAGCUUUUGUUCAUUAUGAAUCACAUCUUAAUGAAACUGAUUGAAAUGUAAAGAACCACAGACGCCUUUUAUUGUGAAGUACAACGUUAUAUUGAUGCUCAUGAGCUUUGGAAAAGGCUCCUCUUACUCUUUCAUGUACCAAACCCAGUUUUGUGGCUGCAAAGUCUGUCAUGGGUCUCAAAUGGAUCAUAUUUUAAAGAGGCACUCUGAUUUUUCAGAAGCUUUUUAUCCAACUACAACUCUCUCCAUGUUCAAGUUUAGUGUUCUGAAGUCCAUGCUAACGUCUAUCUCUCAUGUAUUUCGCUUAAAGUGAGAUUUGAAGUGUGUCAUCACUUGUUUUAAACCAAUGUUACAUGAAGUUUUACAGGUAAACAUAUCUUUAUUGAAAAAAUUUUGAAAGUGUUUACACGUGUAAAUCAUUUCUUCUAACUCUGCAGAGGUAUGACACGCUGGGGCGAGUACAUCGACCUUCACCAGAUAGAUGAGAUGGCCGAGACGCCACAGGAAACAGUCACUCAAGAUCCUCUACCAGGUUGUUGUUUUUUUCUUAACUUACAUCCUAAGAAUCUUAAUUAUUAGUUUUAAUUUUGACACUGAAUAAAAAUCACUCAGAAAAACGUCAUGUGUUUGUUCACAACAAGUGCUGAAGCUCUGUGUUUCUGCCCAUCCCAAAGGUCCAGCUGUUUAUGAGAUCAUUUCUUCUAAACCUGCAGAGGAAUGA